UGUAAAAAAGAAAAAAGUAAAAAGACAGCGAGCCUCAGCGUGAGAGACAUUUUAAAUAUUUUAAAUAAUAUUUUACUAGCCAGCGUCGUUAGUGGCGAACAAAAGCGUGUUGAAUAACAAUUGGAUUAUUGAGUGACAGAGUUUGGUGGCAGCAGCGUAUUAGCAGCUGAAAAAAACAAAGGCAUCCCGAUAGCUUAUUUAGACAGCUUUGUAAUUUGUCAUCGUUAAAUACAGAACAUGACAAAGAGACUGAGAAUGAAGCGUGAAAUGAACGAUGCAGGGGAGGGACCACAGGACCAGAAGCGCAAUCGCCGCAACGAGGAGACCGUUCGCAUACUGAUUCCCAGCAGCAUUGCUGGUGCAGUGAUUGGCAAAGGAGGACAGCACAUUCAGAAGAUGAGGACUCAGUAUAAAGCCACUGUGUCUGUCGACGAUUCCCAAGGCCCCGAACGAACCAUCCAAAUAUCGGCUGAUAUAGAGUCCACUUUGGAGAUAAUCACUGAAAUGCUGAAAUAUUUUGAGGAGCGCGACGAGGACUUUGAUGUGCGUCUACUCAUCCAUCAGAGCUUGGCCGGAUGCGUUAUAGGCAAAGGUGGACAAAAGAUCAAGGAGAUACGUGAUCGCAUUGGCUGCCGCUUUCUGAAGGUCUUCUCGAAUGUGGCACCCCAGAGCACGGAUCGUGUGGUGCAGACCGUGGGCAAGCAGAGCCAGGUCAUCGAUGCGGUGCGCGAGGUUAUCACCCUCACCCGGGACACUCCCAUCAAGGGGGCCAUACACAACUAUGAUCCCAUGAACUUUGACCGCGUCUAUGCGGAUGAGUAUGGCGGCUAUGGAACUGGAAGCGGCAGUACCCGACCCAGUCAGCGGGGAAAUAAUCGCAAUGGCGGAGGAGGCGCUGGUGGUGCUGGUGCCGGCGGAGCAGCCGGUGGCAAUGGGGGAGGAUUCAGUGCUGGCGGAGCACGCGGUAAUGCCGGCGGACGUGGCGGAGCUGAUCGCUUUGGCGGUGCUGCUGGUGGAGCUGCUGCGGGUGCUGGAAUGGGACAGCGCGACAAUCCGUUCAUCAACCCGUGGGCCAACGGUGGCGGCGGUGAUGUCGAUGGUUUCGGCAACAGCGGUGGUGGAGCUGGUGGAUUUGCCGGUAACAGUUUUGGCGGUGGAGCUGGCGGACCAUUCGGUGGCGGCAGCUUUGGCAACAAUGGAUUUGGAGGCGGACCCAGCGAUUUUGGCGGCAAUUCUGGCAACUUUGGCCAGGCACAGGGCACCAAUAGCCUGCCAAGCUUGGGCAGCUUCGGCCAGAACCAGGGCGGCACCAGCAACCUGCCUAGCUUGAGCAGCUUUGGUCAGAAUCCUGGAGCCGGCGGCUUGGGAAACGGACUGAGUGGCGGCGGUGCCAAUAACGGUGGCGUUGGUGCUCUGGGUGGUGCCAAUGGAGCUGGCUUCAAUGCUGGCGGUGGCGCCAAUGGAGGGCCAAAUGGCAGCCCAAAUGCUUCUGCGAAUGUGCCACAGGGCCAUGAUCCCAACAACAGCACACAGGUCACCAUUCCAAAGGAGCUGGCUGGUGCCAUUAUUGGCAAGGGAGGUGGCCGCAUCCGUCGCAUUCGCAACGAAUCCAGUGCAUACAUCACCAUCGACGAGCCCCUGCCCAACUCGAACGAUCGCAUCAUCACCAUCUCGGGCACGCCCAAGCAAAUACAAAUGGCCCAGUAUCUGCUGCAACAGAGGUUGGUGUCGCAAUCAGACUAAGAACGUACACGAGAAUGGCAGGCGAAACAUUUAAGUGGGCAACAACUUGAACAGCUACAACAGCAAAAGCAACACCAUCGGCGACAACAACAACAACAACAAGAAGAACUACAAUAACCAUCGACAAGUGCUGCGUUUCACAUUUAAAAUUAAAUUUACUAAAAAGAAGAAAGAACUGGCGCGAAAGCCCAGAGCGAGAGAGCAUCCUCCAAAUACGAAAGAAAUUUAUGUAUUUCUUCUCUAACUUUAAGUGAAAGAGGCCCCAAAAGAAUAAGAAACUGGAACAGAAUCGCCCCUCCCAUCCAUGCCCAUGCCACCACCCACUCAUUCGCCCCCGCCACCAGUUUGCUAUUUGGGGGAAAGUCAACCUUAAAAACUCUGUAUGAUAAGAAGAAUGAACAAAUAAAGUAUACAUAAACUUGA